UUGAAAAUUUGUCUGGCGCAAUCGGAAAUUUCAGCUGUAUGCGAUAUGCGCCGCUGGUUAGAAAUGCCGUAAAGUUUACAACCAGUUGGAAAGGUACUGUAACAGCCAGUUGAACUUUGACCUCCAUGAAUAGACAACCAUGUAAAUUAUUCGAGCGAUAAAUCACAGUCGGAAAUGGAGAAAAACACGCCGGAGCUUUUUCUGGACCUGUGCGAGGGCGACAUGCUCUCGUUCAUGGGGCAGAGCUGGCGUAUUGUAAGGUGUCGUGGUAUGGGCCGCUGCGCCAAGGUGUACCAUGCCGUGUCAAGCGAGGGCGGUGCACAGGUGGCUAUCAAGGCUUUCCGCAGGGAGGAGAAAUACAGGCUGGUGUUUAUCAAGGAGAUACGGAAUCUGGACGCUGUGUACAUGAGCAGGCAUAUUGCUUCUGUUCUCGGCAGCUUCACACACAAGGGCCACCCCUGCCUCCUCUUUGAGCUCCUGGAACACAACCUCAAGGAGCUACACCUCAAGAACGCCGCCGGGACGGAGCCAGAUGAGCCCAGCUGCCUGUCCCUCUAUCUGAUCCAGAAUCUCCUGGACGACAUCAUGAAGUGCCUGCAACACGUCCACGCCCGAGGGUGGGUCCACGCGGACCUCAAGCCCGCCAACGUCAUGUGGUGCGCUCAGGAGGGAUGCUGGAAGGUCAUCGACUUUGGGCACAGCUUCCAGGAAGGCCAUCAGGAUUUUAGUCAGAUUCAGAGUUUCUGCUACCAGUCCCCCGAGGCCAAGACCUGGAACGCGUUCAUUUUGCAGCACAGCAGCGCGCCGCGGGGACGCAAGCUGCACGACAAGCCACGCUCCUGCACCUCGGCCGUGGACACCUGGAGCGUGGGCUGUAUCGCAGCGGGAGCCUUCACGGGGAUGAAGCUCUACGAGCAAGGCGACGUUACGCCUGGAGGUUGCCAGCAAUGUCGGAAGGAUUGUGAGACGCUCAAGUGCGAGUGUGAGCCCCUGAUAGAAGCCGUCAUCAAGCAACGGCCAAUCGACAGCCACAUUCCCAAGAUCAAGGACGUCAUUGCUGACCUGAGAGACCUUCUUAUACAGAUGUUACAGUGCAACCCUGAGGUACGACCCACGGCAUCAGCAUGCCUCCAACACCCCUUCUUCACCCACAAGCUCAAGCCCAGCUACAAGGACCUGCUGCUCAUGCCAACGCGGGUCCUGAGACUUGUCAAUGUGACGGACAGCCCCAGUGAAGAUGGGACUCCAGAUGAAUUCACUGAUAUACUUAAAGACCUAAGAGAGGAAUGUGAGAAGUAUGGCGCAGUGAGGAAGGUUGUCAUGCCAACGGAUAAGGAAAACAAAGACAAGGCAUUUGUAGAAUUUGAGGACGCCCUGGACUGCGAGGCAGCCCAGAGGGCGCUAGUCGGGCGUCAGUUUGACGGCAAGCCACUGCUGGCCACGUUCUAUCCAAUCAAUGACUACCGAUCACAAAUCCUCGGCACUGGAGGUGGGUCUUAAAAAAGAAAUUAAAAUCAGUCUGUCAUCAUUGGAAAGACAGUUAUAUUUUAGUUUAAUUUCAGUGGUGACUAAAAAUAGUGGCAAGUAUAAUCUUAACUGUAAGCAUGCUUUGUUGGUAAGCUCAAAAACAUUCUUAAUGCUGUGAGUAGAAUUAUAAGCACAGUCACAUUGAGCACAAAAUCAUGAAAAGAAAGCUUAGAUUUUCACCAAGUAACGCAAGCAUGCUUACCAAAAAAAUCAGAGUUAGCUGGCCUUUUAUUGACUUGUUUAUUGAAGUUCAUCCCCUGAACAGGAACACUCAACCUUCCCAAAUCCUUUGAAAUCCAUCUGAAGAUAUGAAAAGUUUAUAGAAUUGAGGAUUUAUCAUUUUUCUGUUUAAAGUGGACGUUCUCGAUUGUUGAGUUGUACGUCCUCGUUUUGUUUUAGAUAUGCAUCUGGUUGAGAUGUAUUGAAGUGUAUCCACUUAAACAUUGAAAUGUAUGUCCUCAGUUGAUGAAAGGUUCGUCCUCACUUUUUAAAAUGUGCAUCCUCACUAUUUGAAGUGGACAUCCUCACUUGUUGACAUGGAGAUUCCCACUUGCUGAAAUGGAUGUCCUCACUUGUUGAAUGGACGUCCUCACUUGUUGAAGUGCAGGUCCUAGCUUGCUGAAAUGGACAUCCUCACUUGUUGACAUGUACUUCCUCACUUGUUGAUGGCUACGUUCUCACUUGUUACAAAUGGAAUUCCUCACUUGUUGAAAUGGACAUCCUCACUUGUUUAAAUGGUUUUCCUCACUUGUUGAAAUAGACGUCCUCACUUGUUGCAAUGUACUUCCACACUUGUUAAUGUGCACAUCCUCACUAGUUGAAAUGGAAUUCCUCACUUGUUGAAAUAGAUGUCCUCACUUGUUGCAUUGUACGUCCACACUUGUUAAUGUGCACAUCCUCACUUGUUAAUGUGCACAUCCUCACUUGUUGAAAUGGACGUCCUCACUUGCUGAAGGGUAGGUGUUGAAUGGUAAAAUCACUAAACAAGUUUAUAAAAGGCUUGGCCAAUCAAAGUUGAGUAUUAGAAUUCUUGUUAGAACCAAAAAUAAAAAUUGUAUUUCAGGUGAUUCGUUUGUUUGUUUGCACCACAUUCCUCUUUGUAAGCUAGUACUCCAGUGAUUUAAAUAUUAAUAGUGUUAUUGUCAGUAUUCUUGAUUAGACUCAGGAUUAACCUCAAACAACCUUUAAAACUCCACAGUACAUUCAGAUGUUUGUUUUAUUUAUUCAUGUAUCUUUUUUUACGGUGGUGGGGUGGGGGGAGGGGGGGGGGAAGUAGCAACAACCUAAUUCCAACAAUACCUAGGCCUUGCUGUCCCCCCCCCCCCAAAAAAAAACUUCUUGUACCUAGAGGUAUCUUCAUCCUUUUUUUCUCUUUCGCCAACAAUCCAACUCCAAUCUGUAGCAUUGUGAUGAGGCCAGGCCAUUCUUAUUUUAAAGAUUUGGUUCCAAUUUUGAGUGAUAAGGUUUGUGCAAAGUGUUGGAUUGUGGACAAUUUGGGGUUAAAAUUGAUAAAGAAUUAUGUUUUGGGGUGCACAAAUAUUGUAAGAUUUUUGAAUAAUCGGUGUAAAAUAUGGUUCUCUUAGUUUGUACAUUUGUGAAAAUAUCACGUGAGAUGGAAAAAGCGUCUAUAUAUAUAUAUAUAUUUUAUUACCAGCUUUGUUGUAUUCAAAUUAAAAUAACUUGUGUGUUUAUCAUGUGCCUACACUGUAGCUUUACAAGACAGAAAUCACAAAAACGCCUUCAAAGUAUUAAAUAGAAUAUUUGUGAAUACAGUGGAAUCUAAUAAAAUAUGAUUAGUGCACCUUUAGUUAUAACAUGUGAAUGAAAGAUUGACAUUGCAUCUGAUCAAAUUAUUAUGAGGGAAAGCACUUUGCUUUGACUUUUUGGGUAUUUUUCUUAAAAUUGUUUAGGGUGCCCUCUGUUGACUGAUUAGGCUUUUUAGAAUGAAAAGGUUGCCCUUUAUUGAUCUGGCAGGCGUGAAGAAAAAAUAAAACUUAAGAGCGCCCUCACUUGACUUUCAGGAUUUUCAAAUGAAAGUUUUGGGUUCUUGAUUUGUCAGGAAUUUCAAAUGUAAGUUUAGGGUAUCCUCUUUUGACUUGUCUGACUCUUAAAAUAAAACUUCAUAAGUUUAGGGCACCCUUUGCUUGUACCCCCCACCCUGCAAACACGAUGCUGGGAAGGGCUAAUCAAUUUGAGCUCUCAUUGGUUAGAUUUUGUGUAACAUGUGACAUAGCACGCAGCACACAAACUCGCUGCAGCUGUUUAUCAUACGUAACGCGCCAGCUGCAUGCGAUGCAUGCAAAGGUCAUAAGUUACCCAGCAUGCCAUGCGUACUUCCUUCACAAGAUUCUGUGAAGUUUGAUAGCCCUUCCCAGCGCCCUCUUUGCAGGGGGAGGGGGAACGAGUGAAAGUGUGCCCUUGUUUCAAGCGCCCUCUAUUGACUUACCUUUCAGAUCUUUGGUCGAUAGAGGGCACUUUCUUUGUAUAGUAUGCUGGAAUUUCAAAACUUCAGAAAUUUGCACUAUGCUUUACAGAGCUGUUGCAUUUUUUUAAGAGAGUGUUAAUUCUCAAUUUUAAAUUUUUAAAUAUUGCCUAAGGCCCCAAUUUAAAUGUUUGCACAAAGCUAUUAAACUAUGAAUCUGUGUGAAUAUUCACAAAAUAUAUCUAUAUACAUGUAUAUCUGUAAGAAAUAUAGCUGAUAUAUAUUUAAAGUGUAUUGUACAAUCACUGUAUUUUGCCUAUUAAAAUAUAUAUUGAACAGCU